UGCCUCAGAGAGAGGAGAGCCGAGCGAGCAGAGGGGAGCGAGGCAGUUCGGAGGGAAGGACCGGUGCGAGUCAGGCGGCCCUUGAGGCUCCGCUCGCCCACCUUCCACUCGUCUCCCUCUCUUCCUCUCUUCUCCUUUCUUUGCCAUUUCUUUCCCCUCCCAAAUCUCCUAUUCAGCCAAAGGAAGGAGGUAAGGGAAGCACCCCUCUGCCUCCAAAAUAUAAUAAUAAUAAUAUAAAAAAAAUUUUACAGUCGGGACCGAGUGGUGGCCGGCUGGCUAUGGAGCUGCUAUGCUGCGAGGUGGACCCGGUCCGCAGGGCCGUGCCGGACCGCAACCUGCUGGAAGACCGCGUCCUGCAGAACCUGUUGACCAUCGAGGAGCGCUACCUCCCUCAGUGUUCCUAUUUCAAGUGCGUGCAGAAGGACAUCCAGCCGUACAUGCGCAGGAUGGUGGCCACCUGGAUGCUAGAGGUCUGUGAGGAACAGAAGUGUGAAGAAGAGGUCUUUCCUCUGGCCAUGAACUACCUGGACCGUUUCUUGGCUGGAGUCCCAACUCCGAAGACCCAUCUACAGCUCCUGGGCGCCGUGUGCAUGUUCCUAGCUUCCAAGCUGAAAGAAACCAUCCCGCUGACCGCGGAGAAGCUGUGUGUCUACACCGACAACUCCGUGAAGCCCCAGGAACUGCUGGAGUGGGAACUGGUGGUGUUGGGUAAGCUGAAGUGGAACCUGGCUGCCGUCACCCCUCACGACUUCAUUGAGCACAUCCUUCGUAAGCUGCCCCAGCAGAAGGAGAAGCUAUCCCUGAUCCGCAAGCAUGCGCAGACCUUCAUCGCUCUGUGCGCUACCGACUUCAAGUUUGCUAUGUACCCACCGUCCAUGAUUGCAACGGGAAGCGUGGGAGCAGCCAUCUGCGGGCUUCAGCAGGAUGACGAAGUGAAUGCACUCUCGUGCGAUGCCCUGACCGAGCUGCUGGCCAAGAUCACCCAUACUGAUGUGGAUUGCCUGAGAGCCUGCCAGGAGCAAAUUGAAGCUGUGCUGCUUAACAGCCUGCAGCAGUUCCGUCAAGAGCAGCACAGCGGAUCCAAGUCUGUGGAAGAUCCGGACCAAGCCACCACCCCUACAGAUGUGCGGGAUGUGGACCUGUGAGGAAGCCAUUCGGGCGGCAAGAGGAGAGGCGCGUUCGCCAUCUGCUAGCCCCCUCUCUCUCUAGUUAUGUCUUGUUCUUUGUGUUUUAGAAUGAAACUUAAAAAAACAAAAACAAAAAAAACAAAAAAAUAUAUAUACAAAAACAAAAUCUGCCCCCACUUAGAUCCUAUUUAAAGGUCUUUUAGAAGUGAGAGGGAAAGGCCGUAUAGUUGAGACGCAUGUGGUGCCUGUUCAAAGUCCGGCAUAAGGGGAUCCCUUGUAUAUGCGAACCAUUAUCCUUUGGUGAUGUAAAAGUCUUAGUGAGAUGCUUACGGGAGAACCCGCAGACUAGCUAGAGACUGUGUAUACCUACUAUAUGGGAACAAAUUAGAGGAGACUGUCUUGUGCUUGUGAACUAGUGCAUAUACCCCCUUUAGUAGAAUCGCAAGGAACUGUGGGUGCCAGUACGGACGGCAUCAGUAGUUUGCAAAGCAGUGAACCCAAGGAGGAAUCAAAAGUGAGAAGGGACAUGCCGGGGAGGUUGUGCAGAACCACCCGACCACGUGACUGAACCAUUUUGGAUGUAAGAAGCGCCUUGAUGCCUCACCACGUGUUCCCAAGACUGAGCGUGGCGGGGUCUCUUCAUUGCAUACUCUUGCUGACUACAGUGGCUGCUACCUAAGGGAUAUGUCUCUUGCCAGUUGGACGCAGGUGAUUGGCUCCUAAGUCUCAUGUUUGGUGAAUCUGGGCUUCUUUUUCCAAACAUGGUUCAUUGUAGAUAUAUCCUACCGUUAUCUGAUGGAGGGAAUUAGCUAUGGGCCGUGACCAAAACUCAUCUAAAUGGGGGCAGAUGGAGACCACAGACGGGAUCUGAAACAAAGCUUCCUUUUGUAACGGAAGAGGGUGAGGUGAUCUUUAAUUCCUUGUUAAGAAAAAAAGAAAAAGAAACAACCCUUAACUUUUGGUGCUGAUUGGCAUGUCUGGUCCACAGUUUAACGUUGUUAUAAACCAUUCCAUUAGAAAAGCACUUUGAAAAUUUUGGGGGAGGGUGGGAUGGGAUAUGGGAUGGUUUAUGCAAAUUGUGUUGAAUACGCCUUCCUUCUUCACCCUUCCCCUUCCGACCUCUUCCGGUUACUAUUCAUUUCUGUAGUCUGAUGUUCUGGUACCUAGCUCUGGGUACAAGGGCAGAGAAAGCCCUCUGCUGAUACCCUUAUCCAGUAUUCCCUGGAGAAGCCCAUUAACAAAGGUCUAAACCAUUCUUAUGGCUUAGAAGGAUUGAAUCCCCGUCUAUGUUUUUCUCCUUUGGACAUGGAAAAAAAAGUUACUUCUGGUGCAAAGGCUGAACAUCAGGGUGUGGCAUUUUGGUCCCUUUUCCGUUUAUUUUUGUUUGUUUGUUAAUUUUAGUGCAAAGUUGUGUUCAGUGUACUUGAAGACCUCCUCUCCCACUUCUUUGAGACAGUCAGUAAACAGAAGUCGGAGCCACAGUUGGUUUUUGUUUUAUUCUUUGUUUUUUUUUUUUUUUUGCACAAUUAUAAUUGACAGGUAAUGAAGCUAUUUGUUAAAAAUAUCUGCUUUUUUUUUAAGAGAAAAGAUCAGAACAGGGCUGCUUUGAAGAAUUAUACACAGGUUCUGCCUUGUUUCACAGUAUGAGAGGGUUGAAGAUGGAGAAACAUCUAAGGGUCUCUUAUCUUUCAUUUUCUUUUGUUCUGUUUAUUAUUAUUUUUUCGCUGCUAAGAAGCUAAGAUCAUUCAUCCCCAUUCACAUUAACAGUACCUAGCUGUAAUGUUUCACGGUGUGCUGCUAUUUUAGAAACAUUGUUAUAAUAUAUUAUUUUACUGCUUAAAUUUCAAGUCCUGAAGUAGAUGGUUGAGAAAUGAGUUUUGUACUGGAAACGCUUUUUCCUCUGUUCCUGUUCUUCUGGUAGCGUUGACUGCGUUUCGUUUGGUUUCGUUUGGUUCCUCUUCCGUGCUUCUUCCUUUCCAGGUUUUCUCUCCUCCUCUGAUUACAUUCUUCAAAGAGUAUUCUUUACCUCAGGUUUACUGGACAAAAAAACAAAACCAAUAAUGAUAACAAUGUACUUCUUUUUGUUUUCAUAAUACCUCACAGCUAUAGAGUUUCUGUUUGGAAGAAGGCCGUUGGCACGAGGCACAGGACAGGCAGAAGGCUGGGCAUCCUCCUAGGGAGAAGGCAGGAGAGGUCUGACCCCAGGGUCUCAGGCCAGGGGUCUUUUCUGUCUCGAAGGUCACCAGGCUACUCUUUGACUCAGGCUCCCUCCCUAUGAUAAAAGACAACAGUGCGAGGCUCCUCCACACAAGGCAGAUACUCAGCAAACGCAGGCAGUGGACUAGGUCAGCCUCAUUUGUGUGCAUGCACCAGGGUCAGCAAUGAAGAAUUCUGGAGUUAGAAGUUAGGAAACAAUUAAGAGAUUCCCCCACCACCACCCCAUCCCCCACCCCGCAUCUCGAAGCCCAUUCAGACAUAGAACUUUCCUCUUCAUGGGGUCCCUUCACCACGAGCAUUGACCAGUUUCCCUCUCCGUGGCAUUGAUACCCCGACUUUGGAUGGUCUCCAAAGUAUUCCUAAGACUGAGUCCGUGGUGCUGAAUCUGCAGCACACAUGGCUGGUGUUCCUCUCUCCCUCUCUUGUCCUCUACAGUCUACAGUGACAGGCGAGCGCUGUGCGUGGCCAGGGCAUCUGUGUGUGGCAUGGAAUGGCUUCAGGGUUCGGAUCCCAUUGAGUGGGCGAAGUAGGAAGCACAGGUUGGAUGAGUCUAGGGUGCAAGUUGAAAGAAAGGAGCGGCUGUUUCUGUGGUCUUGUUUGGGUUUAGGAAGGAUUGGGACUUGGUGAGUUAGAAUGACCCUAAAUUCUAGGGGCUUUGUGGUGGGACAGUGGGUGAUAGUUCCGGAAGUUUGAGAGCAGAAAAGGGAGCAGCCUGAAACUAGCCAGUGUCUAUCCAGAGCUCACACUGCACAGCACACUGACCUGCUCCUUAAGGAACCCCCCAGAACUUGACAGAUACACUCCCUUGAGUUCUUGGGUGACUGGAGUGCCUGAUGAGUGACCUUCGAUCUUAACAGAAACAUUGAAUGAAGGAAGCUGACACAAGGGGAGAGGCAGGUUACUAUCUGCCCCUCUAUCCCUCUUACCUGGAACCUAAAAGACUUCCUUUUUGCCAUCCUCAGAGCCUAGGAGGACGAGUCCUAUAGAGUGGCCAUUCUGCCUGCUCCUUACUUACACAAAGGAAGGGAGCCUGGAUUCCUUGGUGACCAAUGCCUUCUGCUUAGAUCUGGGGUCUCCUUGAUAGUAAUUCUGUCCCAGAGGGGUAUAAAUGACCCCAUGCAUUUCAGCUUGCUCUCCCCAACCUCCCUCAUCUCCUACAGAAAGGAUUGCAGAUUCUGGUCUUUUUCUGCCUUGCUAAUGAUCUCUUCUUUGUUUUUAAUUUGUCGUUGUUUUUUUUUCUUUCUCCAUCAGUGGGGGCUACGUUGUUCCCCCAGCCUGCCAAAUUUUGAUCCUUCCCUGUUUUGACCAAAUCCUAGGAGAAAGAAACCCUAGUAUGCCAAAAAUAAUAUGCUAAGCAUAAGGAGAUUCAUAAUGGCUCCUAAGAACCAGGCAGCCUGCGAGGGGUGAGCUCCUUCUAGAUGGGACAGCUUGUAGAGGCUGCUUUGGUUUGAACUGUCCCUAGGACGCCAUGAGAAAGAGGAGUAUGUCUUGUAGGCAGCUAGCUUUAAGAUGCAUGCCUACAGAGAGAGAUUCCUCUCUAGCAGCCAGGCUGGUGGGGGGGGGUACAUGUAGCACCCCCAGAUCCCAUCUUGUUGCUAGCAGGGUAAGUGACCCCUCAGAGGGAGCUUAACAGCUUUCCUAUAGUCUAGUUCUUUGGGGACCCACCAGAUGGUGCCUGGGGAGCUAUAGGAGCAACAGGCUAAAAUGGGAGGGCUUUCACACAGAGGGCAGAGGAGCUCUGGCUCCAUGGGGUGUGAGGACAGGACUGGGAGGACCACACUUCUGCCUAUGUCCUGGACUGUAUACUGGUGGUGUGGGAACUGGAGGUAGCAAUCAGAAGCAAGCCUAAGUAAGCCAGCUGACUUCUAAGCCCAAAGGAUUCCCCCUUGCUUACCUUAGACAGUCCAACCUUGGGAAUAGCUUUAAAAGGGAAAAUAAUACGGAGACAGUGAAGUCCCCUUAAGCCUACACGCCCUCCAUAGGUGCACGCUGCACGCAGGUUUCUCUCAGUGCAGACUCCAGUGGUUGCUAACAGCUGCCGCCUGCUUCUCUGUUGUACAGAUAGGGUAGGAAGCCCCAGGAGGUGUUACAACUUCCAUAUACCGAGUGGCUUUCGAUGAUGCUGGAUUCUCAACAGCACAGAAGUCCUCGAGCCAGAACGUGUGCCACACUGCUUUUACACGUGGCUGGGCUGUGAGACCCGCUCUUGGCUCUGGUUUUACGAAGCCAUCAAUACAUACACACACUUGAAGGAGCUGCAGAUCCGUUCCUUUCCCUGCAGCCCACUUGUGGGGGAAAAGUGCCUUACUGACUUAGAGUAGCCGCUCAAUUUCAACAGGUGCCUAUCUUUGACAAAAAAAGAAAAGAAAAGAAAAACAUUAAAAUGUCUCUUAAUUUUCAUUGGCUGUCAUUCUUAUACUGAUCAUCUUGUAUGUCCCCAGCAAGUCACCGUGCCAUUGAAUUAUCUCCAUGUUGUUCAUUAUCCUUCUGCCGUGUACCUCAGAUCUGUCGGUUAUAAUCUCUUGUCUUGGAUUAUUUUGUUUCUUUUUUUUAAAAAAUUUUUUUUUGCUUUAAGAGUGGGAUGCCAUAUCAAAUCAAUGUUGUUCUCUCACAGUGUAUUCUAUAACAGGUGUGGGUGGGGUUUAUGGUUGGGAUACUAGGAAAUGCUAAAGUAGCAGGAUCAGUGUGAAUAAAAAAGAAAAGGUCUCUAGGAAAUCUGGGGGGAAAGUACAUUGUAUUGACUACAAUGUUGAUGUGACGAGGUAGCCUUUAAGUUUUAAGUGAUCUUUAAAAAAAAACAAAACAACCACAACUUGUUCUUCUGACGAGUUUGAAGUCAGAUUUGAAGAUGACGUUGAAAGAGAUUUGAAUGCAAUUAGGUUAUGCUCUUUGGACAAUAAACUCACCUUGACCUACAA